AUGGGCCAAAAACAGGCGAAAGAGCAGAAAUUCGAUGGAAAUGACGGCUUGACAAAAUUCUACGAUUCUCAGGUUAGUGAGCCCGAUCUUCUGCGUUCUUCACCGGUUUCUAAACCAACUUUUGGCAUAAGUAUAGCAACAUAAAGAAUUUCAGUUCGAAAAUCGAUUAAUCGCCGACAAUUUGAAGUGGGCGCAAGAAAGGGCGGUCGAAGUAAGCGUUUACGGUGACUUCCAGUCGAGACCCGAUACUUUUCAGCUCCUCGAGCGCCGAGAACAGUUGCAAUGGGAAGUGCUCGCCGCCGCCACGACCACAAUCGUCCUGCUCGCCGCCGGAUCGAUUUACAAGCGAAAAGUUUGAUUUUUUCCGAAAAUGCCCCAAAAUUUUGAAAUAGCACUAAUUUCUAAUUUCAACUGAAAAGCAUUGAAAAUGUUCGAAAUUUUUUGCAAUUUACAAGUGUGCCUUUGCAGGACGUGAUCGUUCCGAUUGUGCCUCUGAUAAUGGGCUGCGGAUAUCAUUACGAUGUGGCGCACGGAGAAAACCGGCAUUUGGUUCGAGAAGACGCCGAGAAUGUGCUGAAGAACCCAGAGGAACUGCAAAUACUGCCGCCGAUCACGUUGAGAGAGAUUGACGAGUUCAGAAGAAAUUUGCAGUUUAGACACAUUAAUUCUUGA